AACAACCUCGCGACCGAUCGAUCCUUUGUUAAUGAUUGACUUAAAAAUUGGCGCGAAUAUUUUAGCCAAUCACAUACUCGAUUCAUUCCCUAACGUCAACCAAGGUGGAACGCCUGUCGAGAAUUGCUGACAUGUGCAGGUUAAAUUGUGGAAAACGAUUCAAAACUGGCUAAAAAAAGCUUCAAUUUUACUGUAAUUUCUUAUAUAACUUUAUAAUAUUUAUUCUUUAUUAACGAGGCUAUAGGUUAGUCUUCUUGUGUUUUAGAGGCGUCUUUUUAGAAAGGUAUUUGUUUGUUUUGAACAGUUGAAGUCAAAAGUCAUGCUAAAGAUUAUUCCAGAAAUUCACCUCUAUUUUGGUAGAUAGAAUAUUAAUCGGGGCUCCAAGGUUCAACUUUCGUGAAAGCCUUAAUUUGAAUUCAACCAGUCUUUAUUUGGUCUGAGCUAAUCUUUCAGUUUUAAUCCAAAUUUGACUUCGACUACAAACAAAGGCAAGAAAAACUAGGUAAGUAGAGAAUUUCUUUACAGUUUUUACAUAUAUCACCUGCUGUCAUAUAGGCGUCCAAGUUGUAGCGAAAUUUCCAAACUACAUCUGUCCAUCACUGUAAAAUUUUAAUAAAAGCAUCAUGUUAACUCACGUCAAAGGGAUUAGACUUUCAGCAAACACAUCAGUUUGGUAGCCAAUCACAUCCAACAAGGAAGUGGAAUAAAGAAUGCGAAUCAACCCAGCAAUGUCUACAGGAUUGACCUUUUCACUGCGUCUCGUUUCUCUCCCGAUCGGUAAAUAAUACCCUGCAGCGCUAGCGUCUGUAAAAUUUAUCGGUUUAUUAAACCCUUCUUAAUUGUUCAAAAAAUGUCUUGUGUACAAUAUUAAACAUUGGAACAAUGGCUGAAAAAGACUGUGACGAUUCUCUUUUGGAGGCAGAAGAUGAAAAACAACUACUACAGCUGAUAAGAAAACGUUUUUCGAAAGACCAAGUUUACAAUUUGAUUGAUGAUGUGGCUAUUUCAAUCAAUCCUUGCAGAAUCCUUCCAGACGAGUCAUGGAAAUUGUAUCRAAUUGCCGACCGCACUAUACAUCACUUAAAACUUCAUCAAAAGAAUCAGUGUAUAGUGCUUACAGGUGACAGUGGAUCUGGCAAGACUGAAAAUGCUAAGAAGUUUAUUAUGAGGAUCAUUAAUAGUGUAUCAGCUCUUGGUGAAGAUCUGGUGAACAAUAUCACACAGGCUGGAAUAGUACUGGAAUCAUUUGGUAAUGCAUGCACCUUGACAUGUGACAAUGCCAGCAGAUAUAUCAGGUUUACAGAGUUGUUGUUCACACAAGACUUCAAGAUCAAAGGAGCAUAUAUACACCAUUAUCUUCUGGAAAAGACAAGAGUUGCCCAACAUGAUAAGGCGGAAGGAAAUUUUCACAUUUUUUACCAGUUUCUUAUUGGCAUGUCAGAUGAAGGUCUGGAAAAAUAUGGGCUACAGAAAUCAGCUUAUCACAGGUAUAUUGGUAAUGACUUUGACUGGACAAGAGAUCAAGAACGGUUMCAAGAUGAACUCAACGAAGUGAACGAUUGUUUUCGAUGUUUGGGCUUUUCYGAAGAGAACUUGGACRCCAUAUUUCGUAUCUUAGCUGCAAUCUUACACAUUGGUGAUUUAACAUUUGCCGUCAAUAUAAAGGAAAAGAAAGCAGGAGUUGUUCAUCUUGAUCCGCUGAGAAAAGCGAGUCAGCUACUUCGAGUUUCUCCAGAGAAGCUGGAGUUUGCACUUGUUACAGAAUUAACCCAUGUUAAAGGCAAAGUUGCUCGUCGUUUGAGGAGGGUGGRCGAAGUAGAUGAUGCAAGAGACAAGCUCGCAAUGGCUUUGUAUGGUCGUUUGUUUGCUUGGAUAGUAUGGAAGAUCAACAGAUAUCUCACACCGAUAGAUGAUGAAAAAAGUGAUGGGAGUGUGAUUUAUGUUUUGGAUCCGUUUGGUUUCGAGAAUCUUGAACUGAAUGACCGAUGUUUUUUGCGUUAUAUUGCGUCGCUUCUGAUUUGA